AUGCCAGAUAGCAAGCACCAGCCAACAGUUCAGACGACUGUCGCAGAUCACUCCGGUGAAGCUUCGCCGGUAGUUUCUGCCGACGCCAACCCCUCAGGAGACAAUGCUGCGCCGGAGACAGCAGCGGACCAGGUCGAUCAAGAGAAAAAAGGCUUUUUCGCCUACUUUCGGACCAAGGAGUUCUACGUAACUCUGCUUCUUGGACAGUUUCUGGCAAUCACAAACACCGGCACCAACACCUUCAAUACGCUUCUCGCAAACAAGGAUACCAACAUCCCGGCCUUCCAGACGUUCUUCAACUAUUGUCUCCUGAACAUAAUCUUCACGUCGUACACUAUCUACAAAUAUGGUAUCAAAGGCUGGUUUCAGAUGCUCUGGAAGCGUGGUUGGAAAUAUAUCAUUCUUUCAUUCUGCGAUGUCGAGGGCAACUACUUCAUGGUGCUGGCUUACGAAUACACCACCAUGAUGAGCGCGCAGUUGAUCAACUUUUGGGCAAUCGUCAUCGUGGUCGUCGUGUCUUUCCUGUUCCUUCGCGUCCGGUAUCACAUCUCCCAGGUACUCGGAAUACUGAUCUGCAUUGGCGGUAUGGGCAUAUUGAUUGCGUCCGAUCAUAUCCAAGGCACGAACGGGGGCGACUUUUCCAGCGGCAGUCAGAUCAAGGGCGACCUAUUUGCGCUGCUAGGAGCAACCUUUUACGGCCUCGCGAACACUGGAGAGGAGUUUUUUGUCAGCACAGCUCCCGUAUACGAAGUCAUCGGUCAGAUGGGAUUCUUCGGUAUGAUCAUCAACGGUGUUCAGGCGGCAAUCUUCGAUCGCAAGUCCAUUCAGCACGCGCACUGGGACGGCCAGGUGGGCGGGUACCUGACCGGAUAUACACUGUGUCUAUCAAUCUUCUACUCUACGGCGCCACUCUUGUUCCGCCUUGCGUCGGCAGCCUUCUUCAACAUCUCCCUUCUGACGAUGAACUUUUGGGGUGUCAUUAUCGGCAUCCAGGUGUUUCACUACAGCGUCCACUGGAUGUACCCGAUUGCAUUCGUCCUUAUUAUCGUCGGUCAGCUCGUCUACUACCUCGGUCGCAAGGUGCUGGGAGAGGCCCGCAAGCCGUGGCUCGGUCGAAACCAGGAACGCGGAGUUGCCGGUCUUUUCACCGCGAAACGGAGGAUCGACUCGAGUGCGGCCGCUUUCCGCGCCGCGCCUGCGUGA